AAUCGCAUCAAAUGGCUUCCUGAAGUGAUUGGACGAUUAACAGCUUUGACUGAGCUGAGACUUCAUCAUAACGAGAUUGAACAAGUGCCCCCAGAAUUCGCACAAAUGCGAAGCCUCAGGAAGUUGUGGUUGAAUGACAACAAACUAGUUGCAUGUCCAACUGAGUUGGGAAGUCUGACAUUGUUGGAAAUGCUCUCGCUGUCUCGGAAUCCCUUUGAUGAGCUCUGCCUGGGCAUCGGAUACCUCACGAAGUUGAAAGACCUUCAGUUGGAUCAGCUGAAUCUCAAAGUCCCUCCGAGAGAGAUCAAAAUUCGCUCCCUUGAGAUUCGAGGAAACCGACUUUCUCGACUGCCGAGGACCAUUGGGGGGCUGAACCUCCUGUCUGAGCUCCACCUUGAUGACAACGAACUGCGUGAGUUGCCACAGAGUGCGAAGAACCUUCAGAUGUUGGUUGCACUGCAUAUCAACAACAACCAGCUAGAUAUCUGGCCCCCGUGUCUGCAGUACCUGACAAGCAUCACAGAAUUGUUCAUGAAUCGCAACACGAUCGAGUUCGUUCCUCCUGAAUGCUCAACAUUGGUCAAUCUGAGACACCUCGAAGUCUCUGGAAAUCGAAUUUACGACCUUCCGCCGCAAGUCGGGGGGUGGACGAGCUUGACGACGCUCAAGAUGGAUAGCAAUCGUCUCCCCGCCUUGCCGGAGACGUUGGGGCAGCUGUCCAAGGUGGAGAGUCUUUCCUUUGCAAACAACAACAUCAUCACCUUCCCUAUGGAGGUCGGUAGCUGGCACAACCUGCGAACGCUGGACUUGUCCAAGAAUGACAUCCGAUUUCUUCCCAGCUCUAUCAGCAACUCAACCGCCAUGCGGCAGCUCUUCCUUGAGGGUAAUCCACUCAUCCAACUCCCGCUCGGCAUGGGCUCCAUGCGCGGUCUGCGCAAGCUUUCUUCCUCUCAGGCUGUUCUGUCUCGACGGCUCGAUCUGUCGGGUUUUACCAUCAGCGUGUUGCCAAAGGAGGUGAUCGAGCUGACGUCUCUCACGGAGCUGACCAUGAGAGACAACAACCUCAAGGUCGUCGUCUCAGAGAUCGAGCAGCUACCCCAGCUCGAGUUGGUCGACUUGAGCAGCAACCGGAUCAAGAUGCUCCCUGCCACCCUCGGCAAGCUGAGCAGGUUGAGGCGUCUGGACGUGAGGAGGAACCGUCUCAAGCACUUGCCUGCCAUGAUACCGCGGGAGAUUUCCUUCUGCACUCUGUUGAAGGACCUGCAGCUCGACGGCAACCGCAUCCAAGAGCUUCCGAUAGAGAUCACGAGGCUCUCCUCCCUCGCACGGCUCAAGCUCAAUGACAACUGCGUCUCCGUCGUCCCCGAGUGGAUCGGGAGGAUGUCAAGUCUGCGUCAUCUCUCGCUGGGGAACAACAGGCUGCAGCACGUCCCCUACUCCAUCUCCCUCCUCAACCUCGCGGUCCUCACGUUGGAUGGAAACCCUCUCGACUCCAUCGAGACGGGCGUGUUGAUGGGAGGAGCCAAGGGGUUGCUGGAGCAUCUGCGGUACAACCACAACUACGACAUCGCCGAUCGAAACCUGCUCCCCGACGUGAUUGAGCAGCGGCGACAGGUAGAGGCCUACCUGACAAGGACCGAGAAGGAGCUGCAGGAGAUCGAGCAGAGCUCGCUGGAAGCUGAGCUCAAGGUGAUCGGGGGCCUCGACCAACUGGAGAUCGCCAGGAACAAGCGCAUUGGUGAAGAUCGGACGGCGACGGAUGGGGCGGUGAUCCUGGAUCAGGAGAUGCUGGAUGAAGUCAGGAUCCUCGCUGAGAGGGAGCGAGCGGGCGCUGUCAUCUUCAGCUUCCUCGGGCCUGGGCUCACGGGCAACAAAGUGAGGAUGCGGGCCAAGACAAUCUUCUACGAGCUAGACGAGGACAACUCGGGGACUCUCGACCUGUCGGAGUUCCGCAAGUGGCUGCUGAGUCUUGGAGCUGACAUCAGCACGAGAGCGAUCGAGAGCUUCAUGGAAGGGAUAGGAGGCGAAGGGGGAGGAGAACUUGAACUCGAGGACUUCCAACAGCUCGUCUAUCUCGUCUACCAGGUCAAGUCAUAGCAGAGGCCAUGGACCCCUUCCGGCCCUUCCGCUUCUUUUCUCCUGCACGUGUUUCUUGUCAUGUUUAUUCAGUUGCCGCUUCUUGUACAUGUUUUCCUUUG